AAGACAAAAACUUGACGGAAAUAGUAGCACAAACUGUGCCAAAUAUUUUGUUUCCGCUGUCAGGAUUUAACUGUCAAUCUAUGUGAUAUAAAUAGGUGCUACAGUGGAACCGUCAAUUGAAAUGUGCAUCGAAAUUUAUUUGAAGUCUUUUUAAGGCCCGAAUCAAAGAGAGUUACAGUUAUACCUUUCAUUUCGGCCCAACUCUUCAACCGGCAAGAAGCGUACAGCAUACGCUCUCUGUCUGUGUCGUCUUCCCGGAAAGAUCCAUUUUUAACCUCCAAAAAAAGUUUAUUUAAAAUUUUCCAAAAUGGACCCACCAUCUUCGUCUCAAACGUCCACCCCCGCCGACGCGUGGGAACUCUGCAACGACGACGGCUUCAUCUACAAACGCGAGAAGCGCCGCCGCGUUCUCACCGAACCAGCACCGUCGCCGGGGGACCCCGAGGAGGAGGAGAAACGAAGGAGAGAGUGGAAGAGGAAGAAUCUUCUCAGAGUGAAGGAGAGGUACAAGAAAGAGAUCGAGGAGUGGGAGAUAUUGUCGAAAACUUUGAAGGCAAUGCAAGAGAAGGCUUUAGGGUUUCAAGCUCAACAACAAGAAAGAAUAAAAUUGAGGGAGACAGAAGAGAAGCAAAGAACGGCGUCGUCUUGGGAGAAGAAAGAUAAUGAUAAGAAGGAUAAAUCUUUAGGCUCUUCGCUUGACGAGCUUCUCUCGCAGGCGGAAGCACAAGAAACGAUAAUCCUUGAUGUUUCCAAUUUGUGUGACAUAGCCGAAGCAAUGUGCAAUGCGCAAGAGGAGAGAUUGAAGCAAACUUACUUUGAUCUUCCAAUUUGGGCAUCGCCACGCGACCUGAUGGCAUCUCUUUGUGAUGAUGAGUAAGUAUCCUUUAAGAUAGGGGUAUGUUCUUGGUGAUAAGAAGGCACUAAAUUGAACCUGGGGUGGACUUUUGCUGUAAUUUAUGUAUAACUUGUAUUGUUGAUUGAUAGUAAUGCACUAAAAAGGCCUCAUUGUAAGCCCUUUGGAUGUCAAAGGAAGAUCAGAAAAAUAUGUGAAGGAAGCAUAGAAUAAAACAUCCAUCUUAAUUAAGAACAUAAGGGAGACUGGACAUAAACAAAGGUAAAACAUUUUGAACUCAUUGAAAUAAUGUAACAUACUUUGCCUGUUACAAAUAUUGGGUUACUAUCCCAGCCUUCUAGGAAAGGAUAUUCAUCUGACUAUUGCCCUAAACAAUGUCAAU